GUUUUAACUUUUUAUGUGUAUAAAUUUUACAAAGCUGUAUAAAAUUUCCCUCCAAAGAAUUCAACUGAAUGUUAAAAAGUAAGGUUUUCGAUAAAGCCAAAGCAAAUUUCAUAAAAUUGAAACUAAAACACAGAAUGUUUUGACCGGAUAUUAGUAUGACCAUGCAAGGUUCAUAUCCGUUUAUAAUGGUAUUACUGAAUUAAAAGUUCUGUGGAAAAUGGAUGAAGAUGAAAAAUUGGCAAUGCAAGAACUUCAUACCAAAAUAGUACGAUGCCUGGAACCUUCACAGCUCCAUGACUACCUAUUCCAGGAGAACGUUAUUCCAGAAGAUUUCCUUUUUCGUCUGAGAGAGAAAAGCAUAGUGCCUACGGAAGUAACAAGAAUGUUUGUUCUUUCUUUGAAAAAGCAUUGUCCUUUUACAGUUUUUCUUUUGGCUUUAAGACAAGAAAAUGCAUAUUCUUUUCUUGCAAAUGAAUUAGAAGGUAAACUUGAUGAAAUUAAAAGACGCAAAAGAAAAGGCAAAUUUUCAGUUGAAAUUCCUUGGUAUGAAAGAGCCUACUGUCCAGUUAGAAGAAUACAAGUUUUCAAUGAAAAUAGGGAAGAAAUGGUUGCAAAACGACAUUGCUUAAAACGCUUAUUAUUGAAUUCAAAAAGAAAAGAGUUUGACAUAGAACGUAAUGCUUUAAAGGCAUACUGGCUAAGUUUAUCGGAACAUUCUGUCAGCGAAGAAGAAAAGCUAAAGGUUGCAGAUUUAUAUUUCAUUUCUUUGGAUGCUGAAAUAGAAUACAGACGAGUGAAGUAUGACAAAACAUUAUUUGGUGAUAGAGUCCUAAAAGACAUGAAAAGCAUAAUUGACAAAACAUCUAAUCCAAAAGUUAGUUUAAUGUUAUAUCUUGGAAGGUUAGCUUCUGCAAUGGUAAUGUCUAAUAAUAAUCUACUGGAAGAUGGCCUAAAAGCUGCCCAAGAAGCAUCAGAAACUGGGGAACGUAUAGAGCCAUGUAGAGAAACUGGAAUAGUGUUAUUAAUAUAUUACAACCUUUUAUGUCAGCAAUAUGAUUUGACUUUAAAUCAGUUACUGAGAGAAAAUCUUAUUAAAAUGGCUAAAGAAUCCUUGGAUCACUUUGCACAAGAAAGAGACGAUGUAUAUUUCGAUUUUCGUCGAAUUGUACUACUAAAAACAUCUUUUAUUUACUUAAGCAUUGGAUUAUUUUGUGAUAUUCUUCCUGUUUCUGUAAGUGCGUCUCAGUUAACACACGCUAAAUCAUGCCUGGAUUAUGCUCUCCGUGACUGGGAUAGGAUGGAAUUGAGGUGGAAAAUGAUUUAUCAUUUUGCCCAUGCGCGGAUUCACCAAAUAGAAAAACGAUGGGACCUUGCCCUAGUUAGUGUAAAAGAAUCAUACAGGCAAUGCAAAGAAGGACAAUUCAGUCAGGAGGAACAGAACAUUUUAAGAUUUCUUGAUUGUAUCGAGAAAAGAAAUAUGUGAAUUAAUUUAAGAUAAACAUUAAAAAAAUUAAUGCUGAUAAUUUGUAGGGAAGAAGACAUUAAUUAAAACUUUUAACUUA